AUGCCCAGGUUUAACUUUCAAUUAGCUGAAAAUCGGAAGAAAAACUUUUGGAAAAGAAAAAGCGUUACACUCGGGCUCUCUCUCAAACACCCAAAUAUCCUUCGUCCCGUGGGAAAAGCAGUCUUCAACACCAACAGUAACACCGUUCACCCACUCCUGCCCGCUCGCGGGGAGAGCCGGGGCGCGGGAGCGCUCAGCACCGCUUCCCCAGUCUGCACGGACGGACUCCGGCCUUCCAACAGAACGGGUGCGGGGAGUCCCCCAAGCAAACAGGCUGCCCAGAGGGUAGGUGCCGCCCGACAGCACCUGGAAGGCAGCCUGGGGAGGUCGCUCAGCUGCCCGAGGAGGAAGAAAAUUUGGAGGAACGCUCCAGGUACCUGGGCAGAGGCUCUCUGGAGAGGCAGACCCCGAGCCCCCUCAGGAUACAGGGGAGAGGCCGAUGUUGACAGGGUAGACGCACGUGCGGUGAGGCACUCCCCACACCGGGGACCGCAAGUCGGGCCCCAGAGGGCACAAGCCGCCCCCUCCCCUGCGCGAGCCUCCCCGGUGGCAGGCGCUGCGGGCACAGGCGGGCAGGCGGGGGCAGCGGGCCGCGGCGCCAGGGCGUGGAGGGCCGCUGCUGCCCAUCUGCCCAGAACUGAGGGGCAGGGGCGAGAGCACCGGGUGCUCGUAGGGCCGAGCCGGGACCCGACAGGUCCGCUCCCCGGGGGCCCAUCUUACCUGCUACGUCCGCAGCCCGUGCGCUUCGAGGAGACAGGUGUCGGUGCUCGUAGAAGGCCAGGCCGGGAGGAAAUCACCCUCAUCUCCCGCCCCCAGCCCUCUUCGCUGAGCGCCGCUGGUGGCCGGCAGCUGCAGCUCACGCACGUUCCGAGAAAGCCCCCACCCAGCCCUCUGGCCCCUCCCCCAGACCCCGCCCUGGCCUCGGGCCUCUCCUCAAGAGCCCACGCCCCGCCCUCAGGCCCCACCUUCAGGUCCCGCCCCCAGUCUCAAACUCGGGCUCCUCCGUCAGGUCCCGCCCCGGUCCUUGAGGUUCCUCUUCUAGACUGCCUCUGCCCGCCCCCAGGCCCGCCCACUAUCUCAGCUUUUGAGUCAGACCCUCCACCCUCAAGCCCCGCCCCUGGCCUCGAGACUCUGCUUAGAGCCCCCCCCCACCCCGCUCCGCCCGGGGCCUCAGGCCUCUGA